CUCCUCUACCCCCUCUACUGAUGCACAAUUGCAAUCGAUUGCGCACUACUUCACAUCAAGAACAUGGCGACCGUUCAAAAGAUUGCACAGCCACCGCGUGUAGUAAAAAGUACCAGAUCUCGAAGCGGCUGCUUGACUUGUCGUAAGCGACAUCAAAAGUGCGAUGAAACGAAACCACAUUGUAUCAAUUGCCAAUUACGAGGUGUUGAAUGCGGUGGGUACAGUAUCCGUCUAACCGACUUCACUGCUUGUAGUGGCCCAAAUGGUCAACUACAAAUGGUAUCUAGGCUUUCGAGAGACAUCCCCGGCACACAGCUUCGCCCGAAACCAAGACGCGCCAGGCAAAUGGAGGAGCUCGGCCGUAAUGAGAGAACUCGGAUUCCAAAGCUCACGUCACCUUCACCUCGUACUCCUGUUACCGAUACUGAUAUCGAUGCGGACACUGAUCAAACUGACGUGUCGCUCAUCAACCCAGCUGAUCACAUGUUCAUGGACGAUGCGAUGACCCUCCAUGCAGAUCCCAUGCAGGAACAGUACAGUGAGUUCUCACAAGAACACGCAAAUGCGACAGAGAUUGGAAAUUCCAACUUGCCAACAUUGGAGUGGCGUGGUAGUGACACGUUUACUGAUGCCGGAGGUAGCCAGGCAAGUUCCUGGGCCACUGGUGCGAUCAAUCCGGCUCAACCUGGGCUGUUUGACCAAAGGCGGACAUUAUCAGAUUUCGUCCGUUGGAAUACGCCAGAGAGACGACCUGCUGCAGCGAUGUUGCCAUAUCAGCAUGCUCAGUCGCACAUCUGUCCAUCCUCGGACAAAUCAUCGUGUUACUUCGACGAAGACGCAGGUGAUUUUGUUAGAAGCGAACGUUGCAAUCAGUCUGGCCGCCCGUCCUCUCAAGGUCGAUGUGACUCCUUCAAUAGCCAACCAAUGCACAAGACCCUCGUUUUACACAAGUCUUUGAGUUCGUUUGAGCUCUACUUGCUCAACCACUUUCUCACGCAUGUAGCCCCGCGCUUUCUGCCCACAGUUGAAUCUGAACGAAACCCCUAUGGGACAGUCUACGGAAAUCUAGCCAGAGAGUCGUUACCCCUUCGAAACGUGCUCAUUUUUGCAUCUGCUCUGCACCUGACAAAGCUAGGCCAGUUGCCCAACGAAGUCAUUAGAACCCACCGCGUCGCAAUGAGAGACUCUUUUCGCAACGCGGUUCGUUUGACGGAAGAUACCUGGGCUUUGGGGAUGACGGUUCUUCUGUCAAUAGUUCUUGACGUGAUUGGAACUGGCAUGGACUCAUGGAGCUCUAAACUUAUUGGUUGUCGUCGGUUGCUUGAGCACGGGUUCCGAAAGAUGAAAGGUCGAGUAUCCGCAGAGAUGAAUUGUGUACGUGUCCAGUACAAUUGGAUGUCCACCAUGGGUCGGGCGCUGCUCUUGGGAAUGCAAUAUCCGCACACAAUGGCUGGACUCGCGCCCAUUGACCGAGCCGAAGAUGAUGAGGACGAUGAUGCCGACCUCGCCAUACAACAGCAUCACUGGUGGGCCAACAUGCCUGAUUUCAGCAUGCAUCUCCUGUUGCGCGAAGCGACGGACCUGGCGAUAGAGAUUGAAAGGAUUAGAAGUCAGCCAGGCAACUACGACGAGUUACUACGCUUGAUGCCCAGAGCGGCAGAUCUCGUUCAAGAUAUCACGAGCUGGCAACCUGGACCCGCUUCUGUCACCCCUGACUAUGUGACAGACGAGACGCAUUUCAAUAACAUCUGGAGGCAGGGAAUGCUUUGCUUCGUAUACCACGAGAUCUACUGGUUGCGAUCGUCCGACCCACUGAUUCAGGCGUGUGUGCAUGCGUCAUUAGAUUCUUUUCAAAAACUGUCCUGGCUCCAGGCAUGUUUGUGGCCUGCCUUCAUGAUAGCCGUACAUGCAUGCACGGAAAAAGCACGGUUGUGCUACGAGACACGGCUACGGCGUAUGCACACGACUCUCAAUUUUACGGCACCUCUUUCGAUUGUACUUGUUUUGAAGAACAUCUGGGACACGUUAGACGACGAUGAUACCGGGGUGAAGCGUUGGAAAGACGUAGUUGUGGGCUUAGAACUGGAACUGAACAUUCUGCUGUGAAAUACGAAAAAUCAAAUUGGUUCAAAGCUUAUCUUGGAGAAUACGGGAACUACGUGUUUUUCCUCUCAUCUAUGCUGUAUGGCUACGCUUGGGACAAUUUCUGUA